AUGAUAUUAAAGGUCGAGAGCAGGCUUUAUAAAUUGAAUGUACGCAAGCUGACGAAGAAGGCAAAGCGGAGUUGGAAUGGUGAUAAAUUCAAUGGCUGGGUGGUGCGCAUAACGGAAUUCAGUGGUCCAUUUGCCUGUUGUGGCUCCUACGUUUCACCACUGAUUGUGUUAAGCUCCGCCAACUGCCUACACGAGCAUCGUCCUGUUUUGAGCGGCGGUGCAGUUGAGUCAGUUACACUUUACGGCAAUGAGAAGAACAAUUUUGCGUUUAUAGAGUUCAUCUAUCUGCCGCACAACUUUGUAAAAAAUUCAAACUAUAUGGACAUUGGCGUUGUGCAAUUGAUGAAACCUGUACCAGGCAAGCGAGUGGAAUUCAUCAAGCUGUGUUCGUCGAGUCUCAAUGCCCCUAUGCCAAUGCGAAGCUACGCCUGGGGCUAUGACAGUCAACGAAUUGCACCAAUUUCAAUGGAUAUUCGAAACGGAACAGUGCAUCUCUUGGAGCACAGCAAUUGCGUCGAUCAGUACAAACAGUACAUCAAUAUUCGAAUAUCCAGCACUGCGAUGUGUGUCCAACAGCCCAAGAAUCGGCUCGAUUGCCUUUACGAUGCCGGCUGUCCGUUGGUUGAUUCCAAUGAAUUGUGUGGUAUUGUGUCCUUGGGUCCUUCAUGCGAAGACACUAGCAAUCCUGGCAUAUAUACGAAAAUAGCUGAUGUAAGACUUUUUAUCGACGAGGUCGAAAGUGCCGCCAUGAUGGACGAUGCUAAGCAACGAAUAGUUCCAAAAAUUCCAUUUGUGCGUUUUUGUAUGAGGAAUUUAAAUAAGACGAAACUGUUCAUUUAA